AUGAGCACCGCCAACGAACAGAACCCCGACGCGGGCUUCCAGCCCAACGCUCGUCCUCAGUCGACAAUCGCUCUUGACUUCUCUGCUGCGCUUGACGAUCUCUUCAAGCUCAAUGGCAUUGGCGCUCUGGAGGAAUCGGUAGAGCAAAAAAAGGAAACCGUCACCUCUCGGAAAUACGAGCUCGAAGACCUAGAGACCAGACUGCGUGAAGCGGACAACAAGCUGAAGCAUCUCAAAGCGAAGCAUCAGAGACAACAGAGCCAACAAGUGUUCACCAAAAGGAAACCCGUUACUUCCCCGACCUCGCCAGAACCGGAGGAAGAUAGCUCCGGCGACAGUGAUCAGGCACGCUCCCCUCAACAGUACAGAGGAGUGGAGAACAGAUGA